AUGGCGCGGGAGCCUCGCCGCUGGCGCCCGGAGCGCUCCGAGAAUGCCCCGCGAAACAGCGAGGGAGCAUUUAACUUAGGGGCCGACAAAGGAGAGGGACCGCGGCGGGAGGCUCGGCUGAGCCGCACCGGCACCGGGGGGACCCGGCGGAGCGCGGGGCAGCGCGCACCGCCCCGCUUCGCUCCGCGCCGGCGGAAAGGAGCGUGCUGUCGCGACAGAACAAAAAGACAAGGGGAGGAGGAGAGGGGUGGCCGCGCCGCUCCCCUCCACCGAGGCACCGUCUCCCCCCACGACGUAUCGGUGACUACUUACGUGGCGGGGACGCUGGCUGCCUCCGUGCUCGCUGCCGGCCGCCGCACGCCCGCACGGUGCCCAGCGCGCAGCCCGACUGCCCCGCCGCCGCGCCCGCCCCGGCCCGGCCCGGCCCGGCCCCACCGCCCACCGCGCCGCGCCCCGCCCCGGCCGCCACGCCCCGCCCCGCUGCCGCCCGCCGCGCUCGGGGUAAACAAGGUGAGACGUCCUUCCGCAGCCCCCCGAGCCCCUAGCUGGGGUCUCGGGGGUGGCCCGCCGAGUCAGGGCUUUCGGUGUGUGUGUGUGUGUGUGUACCGGGGUGUGCGUGUUCACCAGCGCUGUGAUGCUGACUGCGGCUCCCCCGCUGACACAGCUCCGGCAGGUCCAGCCUCCUGA